UAUGCAUAAGCCCUGCUAUUGUCUUACUGCUACAGCAGGGCUGAAGAUUGCAGUAUUCGCUGUUGCUGCUGCUCCCACUCCUGCCCCUGCUCCUACCUAGUCUUGCUUCACUGCAUCCCAGAAGAGCCACGUUGGCCUUCCUUUGCCUAGUGGAUUUUCAAAAGCAGCUGUUCAGUUUUGGGUGCUGUUGGAGACCUUGCUUUUCAUUCACCGGGAGAAAACUGAAGCUCAUGAGAAGAAUCUGGCAGCUGGACACAGCUCGGACUGCAUUGUCUGGUUUCAUGACCCCUGCUGUGUAGUUCGCUCAUCUCUUCACUCCCACGGGCACACUCUUUCCUUUUUCUUCCUUCCUUGUUUUUUUUCUUUCUUCUAAAAAAUUUUGUUUUAAAACCAGCUUGUGGAGCCAGCCAUGUUUGGCACUGAAUCUUCAUUGAGCAUGUUUUUGAACACAUUAACACCAAAGUUCUACGUGGCCCUGACAGGCACUUCUUCACUAAUAUCAGGACUUAUUUUGAUAUUUGAAUGGUGGUAUUUUCGCAAAUACGGAACAUCCUUCAUUGAACAAGUCUCAGUAAGCCACUUGCGCCCCCUACUGGGAGGGGUUGACAACAACUCCUCCAACAAUUCUAACUCCAGUAAUGGGGACUCAGAUUCCAACAGGCAAAGUGUCUCAGAAUGCAAAGUAUGGCGAAAUCCACUAAAUUUAUUUAGGGGUGCUGAGUAUAAUCGAUAUACUUGGGUGACAGGACGAGAGCCUUUGACUUAUUAUGACAUGAAUCUCUCUGCCCAGGACCACCAGACAUUCUUUACUUGUGACUCGGACCAUCUGCGUCCUGCAGAUGCAAUAAUGCAGAAAGCUUGGAGAGAGAGAAACCCUCAAGCUAGGAUUUCUGCAGCUCAUGAAGCCUUGGAGAUAAAUGAGUGUGCAACUGCUUACAUUCUCUUGGCUGAAGAGGAAGCAACAACCAUUGCUGAAGCAGAAAAACUGUUUAAGCAGGCCCUGAAGGCUGGAGAUGGAUGUUACCGGCGUUCUCAGCAGCUACAGCAUCAUGGAUCCCAGUAUGAAGCCCAACAUAGACGUGACACCAAUGUCUUGGUCUAUAUCAAAAGAAGACUAGCAAUGUGUGCCAGAAGACUCGGGAGAACCAGGGAAGCAGUGAAAAUGAUGAGAGAUUUAAUGAAGGAGUUCCCUCUUCUAAGCAUGUUCAACAUUCAUGAAAACCUUUUAGAAGCCCUCCUGGAACUACAAGCAUAUGCUGAUGUUCAAGCAGUUUUAGCAAAGUAUGAUGAUAUAAGCUUACCAAAGUCGGCAACAAUAUGCUACACAGCUGCCUUGCUCAAAGCAAGAGCUGUUUCUGACAAAUUCUCUCCAGAGGCUGCAUCUCGGCGGGGAUUGAGCACCGCAGAGAUGAAUGCAGUAGAGGCCAUUCAUAGAGCUGUGGAAUUCAAUCCUCAUGUGCCAAAAUACCUACUAGAAAUGAAAAGCUUAAUCCUCCCCCCAGAGCAUAUCCUGAAGAGAGGAGACAGCGAAGCAAUAGCAUAUGCCUUCUUUCAUCUUGCACACUGGAAGAGGGUAGAAGGGGCUUUGAAUCUUUUACAUUGUACAUGGGAAGGCACUUUUCGAAUGAUCCCUUAUCCCUUGGAAAAGGGACACCUAUUUUAUCCAUACCCAAUAUGUACAGAAACAGCAGACCGGGAGCUGCUUCCCUCUUUCCAUGAAGUCUCAGUUUACCCAAAGAAGGAGCUUCCCUUCUUUAUUCUCUUUACUGCUGGAUUGUGUUCCUUCACAGCCAUGCUGGCCCUCCUGACACAUCAGUUCCCAGAACUUAUGGGGGUCUUCGCAAAAGCUAUGAUUGACAUUUUCUGCUCAGCAGAGUUCAGGGACUGGAAUUGCAAGAGCAUUUUCAUGCGUGUUGAAGAUGAACUGGAAAUCCCACCGGCACUUCAAUCUCAGAAUUUCCAAAACUGAACUCAUCACCCUUCCUCCCCCCACCACCAAAACUGCUCCUCCUGUAUUCCUGACCUCCGCCAGUGGCCCUGCCAUCUACCCAGUUACUCAAUCCAGAAACUUGGCAGCUCGCCCAAACUUUUCUCUUUCUUACUCCCUGCAUCCGAUCUGGCUCAGCCUUCACACUUUGUGGCUUCUAACCUCCUAAGCAACUAGGCAUUCGGUAAAUGUGACUUACCUCUUUCUCUUCCUUCUGUCCUCACAGCAUCUCUCUUAGUUUAGGCCCUUGUGAAUUCUGGCCCGAACUCUUAUAAUUGUCUUAAGUGGGCUCCUUCUUAUAGUCCUCUCCUCUGCCAAUCUUUCUUUAAUACUGACACAGAAUGAUCUUUCUAAAUUGCAGACCCAAGCAUGCCACUUUCCUGCUUGAAUUUUUCUAGUGGUUUCCCAGCUACUUCAGGAUAAAGUCCCAAUACUUUAGCAUGACAUGUAGGGCCUUUUAUCAUCUGGCCUGGAUUAUCUCUUCAGCCUCCUCUUUCCCAACUCUUGCCCAAACCCUGCUCUUCAGCCAGGGACUCUUGCACACUUCAGUGCCUUUGCACGUACUCAUUGCUCUACAUGGAAUGCCCUUCACCAUUAACCAUUCCACCUGUGCACUCUACUAAUGCCUCUUCAUUCUUCCAAGCUCAGCAUGUUUUAAGCUUCUCUGAAGCUGAAUGAGGUGUCCCUCCUUCAUCAUCCCACAGUAUUCUAUGAAUGCCUAUAUUAACACAUUUAUUGUUUUAUAUAAUUGUUGGAAAAUUGUCUCCCUUUAGAAUGUAAGCUCCUUGAGAGCAGGACUGAGUCUUUCUUAUCUCUGUAUCCCCAAAGCUUUGCACAGUGCCUUGCACAUAGUAGGUUUUCAAUAAAUGUUUGUUAAAUGAAUAAACAGCAGUGGUCUCUGCAGAAUUGAUGUAAAAAUCA